AUGGGACGAUACUCCAAAACCGGUGAAGUCAGAAUAAGUGAUCAAAAAUCCAGGGAUCCUUCCAAAGUUCAAGACUUCUUCGACCCUCAACCAAAGCCGCUAAUCAGAAGGGCAAGGAAAAGGCUCUCCACCUACCUCCACACUCAUGUGUGUUUGAUACUGGUGUGCUCCCUGGCUGCCCUCGAUGCAGCAUGUGUCAUUGGCCAAAUCAUCUGUGAUAUUCUAAUUAUGAAAGAGGACUUGCAUCACUGGCACGUUCUGGACGAGGAUCUCACAGUUGUGUUAGUGAAACAUGUUCCCCUCUUAAACGGAACUAAUCCCGAAGAUAUAGAUUUGGAAAAGAUUUAUGAAAAACUCAGUAACUAUGGUAACGAGGAUGGACAUGGUGUCCAUACUGCUCCAUUCACGCAUUUCACGGACACUUCGGCCCCAAGCCUUCCUGUGACCAAUUUAGAGAGUGGACUACCUAUUGUCUCAACAACCACAGUACCAGGACAUACGACCACUUCCGCUUCCGGUACAGUACCGCAGCAAAAUUCUUCCGGUGAGCCGCUGAAGGUGAACCUAGCUAAUCCGUUUAUGAAGUCGGGAAUAAUACACAGAAGGGCUAAAAGAGCCGCGGGAGGAUCUGAGGGAGACGACGGACACGGCCAUACGCUGCUGCAUGAACUCACGCACGCCUUUCAUCUGGGGAGUAUGGCCAUUCUCUCUAUGUUGCUGUUGGAGACUUUACUGAAGUCCUUUGCCAUGGGCAGGAAACUAUUGCAUCACAAACUAGAGUGUUUCGACGUGUUUGUGGUCACGGUGUCCUGGUGUCUUGACGUCGCUUUUUACGAGGGUAUCUGGGCACAUCCGGGUACUGAAGCUGCUACAAUCCUCAUCUUCAUCCUCCCCUGGAGAGUUGUCAGGAUAGUAAACAGCUUUGUUUUGGUGAUCCAAGAGAAGGACCACGUGCAGCUCAAGAUCGUCAAACAGAGGCUGAGGCUGUCCGUCAAGAAAUCCAAAGAUCUUAACGACAAGUCUUCAUCAUACAAGAUGGAACUGAAACAGCUACAAGGUCUCUGUCGGAAGCAUGGUGCUACAGAGAGCGAAAUCAAUCUGUGUGGACCAGGAGGCAAACGCAGAAGAAGCAGUUUAUAUCCGGGUCUUGAGAGCUUCGCUGCAAUCGCCCUCUCCAGCGCGCUUGGAAGCCAUCCUAGCCUCGCUCUGGAGGACUCAGAUGACGACAACUCACUUGACAGUUCCCGGCAGAAUGGCCGUACGCCUGUCAUUCAUACAGUCUCUAAUGGCAGUAUUGGCAGCAUAGGAAGUGACCUUUCUUUUAAUAUGAAUCCUAGCGCCGGAACUGAACCCUGCGGCCUUGACAACCCCGUGUUUGACAACGAUGACCCCAUGCCGCCGACUUACGAUGAAGUCGCUCUCAACACCAAGUUGUGA